GGUAUGUGGAUUACUGGUCCCCCUGCUUACUGGAUUGCAAAUUCCCAUAACUGUAAACUUACCUUGAACAAGCAGACAGGAUUUUUUAUUGGAGGGUUUUGUUUUUUGGGCGCAGUAACUUAAACACAGGUGUUAGGUGGACUUUUGCAGUUCAUUUUGGACUGUACAUGAAAAUGGAGUUGAACGGUCGUGUUCUGCCACCAUCAAUACCUGAAGAUGGAGAAGCCCCGGACCAUGUUUCUCAUGGAGAGAUGAACGGUUACCACAAGAGGCUUCAGGGUGGUGACGGGGGAGAGGCUGAAGUCCCGGUGUCCAAGUCCCAGAGACGAAAGAGUGAUGUCAAAGUCUAUAAGGAGUUUUGUGAUUUUUAUGCUCGCUUCAACAUGGCCAAUGCUCUGGCCAAUGCCAUGUGUGAGCGCUGCAAGAGUGGUUUUGCCCCGGCUGAGAAGAUAGUGAACAGCAACGGGGAACUUUACCAUGAACAGUGCUUUGUGUGCGCCCAGUGUUUCCAACAGUUCCCAGAAGGACUCUUCUAUGAGUUUGAGGGCAGAAAAUACUGUGAACAUGACUUCCAGAUGCUGUUUGCUCCCUGCUGCCAUCAGUGUGGUGAGUUCAUCAUUGGCCGUGUGAUCAAGGCUAUGAACAACAGUUGGCAUCCAGACUGUUUCUGCUGUGAUAUCUGCCAGGCUGUGCUCGCUGAUGUUGGCUUUGUUAAGAAUGCUGGAAGGCACCUGUGUCGUCCAUGUCAUAACAGAGAGAAAGCUCGGGGCCUCGGCAAGUACAUCUGUCAGAAGUGUCACGCCAUUAUUGAGGAGCAGCCUCUUCUGUUCAAGAAUGACCCGUACCACCCUGAUCACUUCAACUGCAACAACUGCGGUAAGGAGCUGACGGCUGAUGCCAGAGAGCUGAAGGGAGAGCUCUACUGUCUGCCCUGCCAUGACAAGAUGGGUGUACCCAUCUGCGGGGCCUGUAGGAGACCCAUCGAGGGUCGUGUGGUUAAUGCCAUGGGCAAGCAGUGGCAUGUGGAGCAUCAUGUGUGCACUGUGUGUGAGCGCCCAUUUCAGGGCCACCCAUUUUAUGAGCGAGGUGGUCAUGCCUAUUGUGAAAGACACUUUGACAUGCUGUUUGGAGAUGUUUGCUACCACUGCAAUCGUGUUAUUGAAGGAGAUGUGGUUUCUGCCCUUAACAAGGCUUGGUGUGUCAACUGUUUUGCCUGCUCUACCUGCAACACCAAGCUCACCCUCAAGGAUAAGUUUGUGGAGGUGGAUCUAAAGCCGGUGUGUAAGCACUGCUAUGAACGGCUGCCGGACGACAUGAAACGCCGGCUGGCCAAGCGUGAACGUGACUCAAAAGACAAGAAGAAGAAAUUGAUACCCAUGUGUCUGUGAUCCUCUCUUUGUUUUUUCUCAUCUCUUCCACUGUUCUUCCUUUGGAACAAGUUUGUGGAGUUUGACAUGAAGCCAGUGUGUAAGAAGUGCUAUGAGAAAUUCCCUCUGGAGCUGAAGAAGAGACUGAAGAAGCUGUCUGAAUCUGUUGCCCGCAAGUAAACACACACAGCUGGGCAGCUGGAGGGAGGGACAAGCAGCUGAGACCCCAAGGUGGCCACACAUUUCCAGAAUUGACAAUCGUAUAAGACAGCAUUUGCAUGUUUUUAUUGGUAUGUUAAAUAUAGGUUAGUUAUUUCAGCAGAACACUCUACUUUUUGAUCAUUUCAUGAGCCUGAAACUGACAGAUGGGCCAACAGAGAUAUUGUUGGCCAGUCAGUCAGUGGGUUUAACAUGAACCUGUCUAGUGCCUUUUGGCUCAAAUAUCACACUGUUUACUUUUUCACAUGCUUGCCUUAUUUAAUUAUGUGUAUUCAACAUAAACACAUAUGAUUAUGGUUCUGUAUUUUAAAAUGACAUUUGAGCUUUAAAAGAACAUAAAAACUUGAGAAUAAAAAAAAAUGUGUGUUGACAAGCGGUUCUGCUUGUCAACUUGUCUCGUGAUUCCAAGCCAUGUGCCCUCUGUUUGACGUAUGUUACCGAUACUCUUGUAUAAUAUUGGAGUAAACCCAAAGACAGUUGAGCAAAAUACAAUUUUAUUGAAUGUGUACAUAGUAUCUUUAAUAUUUCCUGUUUUCCACCAUCAUGUUUUGUUUUAAUAAUGAGUAUUUUCUUAAAUAUUAAAUAUGUUUAGCUCUAUGAAGUUAGAAUUUCUUUUUGCAUCUAUGGUCUAUUGACAUACUGUAGCCUCCUUAAUGCUACAGUGAUGGACUCAACCAUCAUCGCCAGUAUGUUGAAUUGCCUUCUUAGGUGCUAUGUAUUUUAUGUGUGAAACAAUCUCUAUGUAAACUGGUAUUUACUCUGAGUUACCAGUUCAUUAGGUUCACUAUUACAAUCAAAUUUAAUCCAAUACAAAAGCAAAAAAAGUUUUAUCUAUUCUGAUUUACAGAAAAUACAUGAGGGUGGAUAUCAGAAACAUCAUUCAAAGUAAUGCAGUCCACUUUCACAACAUAACUGCAGCUUGAACAUUACCAUAGCGAUUAAGCAAACCUUGGCGAUGCUGUCAACAAAUACUGAACAUAAUACGCUUUACAGAAACAAGAUUUAUUGCAUAACAACUGGUAACUCUGGGUCUUGCAGCCUGAUGGCUUGUGGCAUGUGCAGAGACCGGAUGUUGGAGAAAUGUUAGAUGUUAGAGAACAUGUGUGUCUUCUGUUUGUAAUCCAGAGAAAGUGAUCCUCUUAAAGAGGUAGAGAGGUGUACCGAUAUGCGCAGGGCUCAGACCCUCUUAGGAAAAAACAUGUACUGUUUGGAAUGGGAAAGAGUAGUAGAGCAGUAUUUUACCAUAGAAUGCUUAUCUUUUAUAUAGUAGUUUCAAAGGAAAACACAUUCCACUAUUUUAUGGAAAUAAAAAAGCCUAUGUUACUGGGAAUUUCACUACCUGUGCCACAAACUUUCUUAUGUUAUCGAAGUAGAACUAUCUUCUAACUUCAGCUCAACGG